AUGGGUUGCCCAGAGAUAGAAAUGAAUGAAGGGUCACGCCAGAUGUCUGCAAAGGCGUCAGGAGUUUUGAACAUUAUCUGUGUGGUACCGUCAUUAAUAAUACUUUCAGUUGGGGCAUACAUACAGACAGCUAUCCAGCAACAGAUAGGUCUGAUCGAAGGUUUCAACGGUGACAUUUUGCCUGCUUUUAUGAUAGUUUUCGGGUUCUUUGGUUCAGUUGUUGGUUUAUUGAGUGGCAAAGCAUGCUGGUCAAAUCGCGAUUGUUCGAAAAGACUAGAUUGGAGCAAGUACCUGCUUCCACUUGUCGUAGUACAACUUAUCUUAGCUUCUGUUGUUUUUGUGUCUGCUAUUAUGUGUUUUGUUCAGAUUUCUAUGUUAGAAACGUCUUUCGAAAAGGGUAUUUCAUCUGCAAUGCUUGAUUACAAGAAUGAUCGAAUGAAGAAACGAGAGCUAGACACACUUCAGAUCAGUUAUAAAUGCUGUGGAGUUACAUCGUAUACUGACUGGUUCCACGUCAGCUGGAUUCACGAGGAGUAUAUACCAGAAGCCAAGAAAGAGUUGUUGUCGAGAAACAAAGCUGGUGACUACCUGAAUGAUGACGUACCAUUCAGCUGCUGCGUGGCUAACGUUCUCCGUCCGUGCGUUCAUCAUCACGUACACGACAAUGACAUGCAUUACAACUACGAUUACCGUGCCCAGGUGACGCUGCACGGCACAGGGUGCAAGGACGCUCUUAUGGAAAUUUACGGUAACCGCCUUCUCACUGAAGUAGGAGCUCUCGUACUCUCCAUCUCAUUCCUACAGAUGAUAACAGUGUUAGUGAUGCGCUUACUUCAGACGUCAGUGGAUGGCUCACUGGAAAAUGAUGACCCAAUGGAGACUUCCAUUGGAUACAUCUUCCCAUGUAGUGGCAAGGGUGCAAUCAAAGCUGUCAAAAGAGAGGUGAAAACAUUCCAUAAAAUGGACAGGACACAGAAGAAAGGUGACCCAACUAGUAUGGAGCCCCUGCUGGAGAAUGAGGAGGAUAAUGCCAGCAUAGACACAGAUGACAUUUCACUCAACUCAUCCUUUGAAGAUGAAGGUGUUUAUGAAGAGAACCUUCUUCUAGAGGAAGAGGAAAAUCCAUACAUGACCAUUAACUCUGCUGAAAUGCUUAACUUUCCAGUGCCUCCACGUUAUACCUCCUUCCCAGGAAAACAAGUUCCAGACACUGCCCAUAGCGGUCAUAUUAUAAAUGGACAACAUGGAAUACAAAAUCAUGUGAGGAGCAAAGACUCUGCUACUCCACACAUGAUAGGAACUGACCAAUACAGAAUGGCCAGUCAGCACAUGGUGGGCACUGACCAACACAGAAUGGCCAGUCAGCACAUGGUGGGCAUUGACCGACAUGGAAAGGCCAGUCAGCACAUGGUGGGCAUUGACCGACAUGGAAUGGCCAGUCAGCACAUGGUAGGAACUGACCAACAUGGAAUGGCCAGUCAGCACAUGGUAGGAACUGACCAACAUGGAAUGGCCAGUCAGCACAUGGUAGGAACUGACCAACAUGGAAUGGCCAGUCAGCACAAGGUGGGCACUGACCAACAUGGAAUGGCCAGUCAGCACAUGGUAGGAACUGACCAACAUGGAAUGGCCAGUCAGCACAAGGUGGGCACUGACCAACAUGGAAUGGCCAGUCAGCACAUGGUGGGAAAUGACCAACACAGAAUGGCUAAUCAGCACAUGGUGGGAGCCGAGGCCCACAGAGCAUCAGAUACUUAUUUAACUCCCCGAAGGACCCAUACUUAUGUGAAUGAACUCCCGCAACACGGAACAACAACACAAAUGUAA